GACGUAGAUAAGAUGAUGGGGUGUCUUUGUCCAAGCAAGGGAAUCUCCCUCGCGCACGCCUGACCUGAUAAACCCUUGCCUCGGGCAUUAUAUUCUUAGGCAGCAACAAACCGAACUAAGAUAGCAACCCCUUUCUAUCUAUAUUUGCACGUCUAAAAAUUAUAGUGUAACUCUUUAAAUUAAUGUCAAAACCUUUGGCCCCGUCGAUACCGGAGAGGAUGCCCGGCCACGCUUCCAUCUCCUGACAUCUCUCCACGUGGCAACCCCACCAGCUUCCAGGAUCCAUGCCGGUGCCGAUUAUUUUAAACACCAGUACUUAUUUUAAUUAAUGAUAUUGCAUAGCGUAUUGAUAAGUGCUAGUGUUUAAUAUUGAUGUUAAUUGUGUUUUAGCGAUACCAAGAAUUUAAAUGUCAUUUAAAAAAAAUAAAAAAUGACCCACAUGGAGAGGAGAGUUAGUUGGGAAAUGAGAGAUGGCCUGUUGCUUGUGCUUGAUGAAUAAGAGCUUUAUUACUAACACUAGUACUCUUAUUUGUAGGGUGAUGGGAGCUGUGUAGAAAGAGACUUGUGCUUACCUCUCCUCACCUCGCCUCCUUCCUUAUCUUUCUUCAUCCUUUUCUUUCUUUCAUUCACUCCCAACUAGAGGGAUAGAUAGAGGGAUUGACAGAGAAUAGAGAGAUGGGGAAUUGUCAGGCCAUAGAUGCUGCAGCGCUGGUUAUACAGCAUCCAAGUGGGAAGAUAGAGAGGUUAUAUUGGCCGGUUAGCGUUAGCGAGGUGAUGAGAAUGAACCCUGGUCAUUAUGUUUCUUUGAUCAUUCCAUUGCCUGUAUCUGGGGAUCAAGAAAACCAAGAACACAUCAAAACUGUGCAGUUCACCCGUGUUAAACUUCUCAGGCCAAGCGAUACUCUUACACUUGGUCAUGCUUAUCGCCUUGUUACUACUCAAGAAGUUAUGAAGGUGAUACGGGCCAAGAAGUACGCAAAACUGAAGAGACAGCAGCAGCCAGAAUCGGUUGACGAGAAUAAGUCACGGCUGCAGGUAGUACCAGAGAAGAAGCGAAGCACAAAUUGUCAGGCAGAAAAGAAGCCUAACACAGAGAAGGAUUGCAAGGAACCCAAACAUGAAAGACAUCGACACAGGACGCCAUCAAUCAACUCUGCUUCACUAAGGUCGAAGUCAUGGCGCCCCUCCUUACAGAGUAUCUCUGAGGCUGCAAGCUGAAGAUAUGUCGAAUUACAACCUGCCCAAUAGCCAAUAAAAGGCGCAAUAGAUUGCUUUUUUACCAUUAACAGAAUUUGGCAGUAAAUGGACAGAUGUGCCAUGUAUCCAGUAUUGUCUUAUACACAGCAAAAUAGAGUCAUUCAACCAAAGGCGGUGGAUAAUUAUCUGUGCCAUUGUCAACUUAAGCUCCCAGCAGAAAAAAUAUUCUCAAGCAAUAAUCUCCUGUACAGUUACCAAAGAGGCAAUGGAUCAGAUAUUGUUUAACAAUUAUAUUUUAUGUUGCCUCCAUAUCCUGUGCCUUUAAGGUUAAUCAUCAGGAAUUCGAAUAAAAUGCCAAGACAACUUGGAAAAA